GUUUCCUUCACAACGUCCUCCCUAUAUUUAUUGUGCUGGUCGUAGUAAAUACUCGGAGGGCCUCGUUCGACGCAUUUCACAUUGCUUCACGAAAGUAGUUACUUCUCCUGGCUUGCCCAAUUUGCUUGCUUGCUUGCCCGCUUGCUCGCUUGCGACCCGACGAGCGCUCAGCAAAAUCCCGACCCUCCGUGCAGAAAGCCCCAGAACAUGGCGCCGCCCGUCGAUCCCGGAAUUCGCAAGAGAGUCUUGCGAGUCAUCUUUGUGUCCCUCCUGCUAGAUCUUAUCUCCUUUACCUUCAUCUUGCCGCUGUUCCCAAAACUGCUCGAGUUCUACCGCAACGCCGAGGCCCCCGUCGAUGCCGCUCAGCCCCAAUCCAGGACGCUGCUGUCGGCCGUGCUUGGAUAUCUCAACGCCUACAAAGCCGCCUUUUCACGUCCCAUCGACUCCCGAUAUGACAUUGUUCUGCUGGGCGGAGCUCUGGGGAGUCUUUUCUCCGCUCACUCGGCCAUCCGCAGUCUUCUCCAGGCCGUUGCUUCCCCAGUCAUCGGCCAUCUCUCAGACAAGCACGGCCGGCGCACUGCGUUGCUCGCCAGCAUGGCGGGAAACAUCCUCUCGGUCCUGCUGUGGGUCAUGGCCGUCGACUUCCGGACAUUCUUGGCCUCGCGCAUUGUCGGUGGUCUCUCGGAGGGCAACGUGCAGCUUGCGACUGCCAUUGCGACCGACAUAUCCGAUGUGAACAGCCGAGGCUCGACCAUGGCCCUUAUCGGCGCCUGCUUCUCCGUCGCCUUUACUUUCGGCCCGGCCCUGGGCGCCUGGUUCAGCUCUAUUGCCACGGUAGCCGCCAACCCGUUCGCGACUGCUGCCGGCGUGUCGCUGUUCUUGAUCGUCACUGAGACCGUGUAUCUCUACUUCGCCCUGCCGGAGACGCUGCCCUCGAUGACCAGGGCGAACGGCGCCGCGUCCGCCGGGAACGACGAAGCGAAAGCUGCCCCGUUGAAGGCUCAGAGGACCAACUCGCAUUUCCUUCUCAACUUUGUGCACUUGGCCUUCCUCCUCUUCUUCUCCGGCAUGGAGUUCUCCCUCCCUUUCAUGACGUACGACCUGUUCGGAUACAGCUCGGCCAAGAACGGAAGACUUCUUGGAUAUGUAGGCCUGGUCGCCUCGAUCCUGCAGGGCGGCGUGACUCGCAGGCUGCCGCCUCUCCUCUCCGUCAGGAUCGGAGUGCUGGCCUGCCUCGCUGCGUUCCUUCUCCUGGCCCGCAUCUCCACUGUGUCCGGCCUCUACCUCGCCGCGACAUGCCUUGCCACCACUUCUGCCACCGUGGUGACGGGCUUGAAUGCGCUCAGCAGCUUCGAGGCCAGCGAGAACGAGAGGGGGGGCAAGCUGGGUGUCCUCAGGAGCUGGGGCCAGCUUGGUCGCGGACUUGGUCCUGUGCUCUUUACGAGUGUCUACUGGUGGGCGGGCCGAGAGACGGCGUACGCCAUGGGCGCGCUGGGCAUCGCAGGUGUGGCUACGCUUGUCUUGUUUGGGCUCAAGACGCCGCCGGGUUCUGUCAAACACGGGGUCGGUGCGAAGACCUUGAAGGCCGAGAGGAAAGAGCUGUAG